AUGACUCUCGCCGAAGAAUUCCGCACACGUAAUUUCAGUAUUUAUGGACAAUGGACCGGUGUCCUUUGCAUCUUCCUAUGCUUCGCCCUAGGUGUCGCCAACAUCUUUGCGCCCAUCGGCCGUAUUCCGUUUAGUAUAGUUUGUCUAUGCUGCGCAUUUGUCAUCCUCUUCAUCGAAGUCCCCUUCUUACUUCGUAUAUGCCCCACUUCCUCCAAAUUCGACGACUUCAUCCGCCGCUUCACCAGCAACUACAUGCGCGCCCUCAUCUACAUCGGCAUGAGCGCCGUGCAAUGGGUCAGUCUUGUCACCGGCGCAUCGAGUCUGAUUGCCGCCGCCGUGUUUUUGUUGCUUGCCGGUCUUUGCUACUUGCUUGCCGGUGUCAGGAAUCAGGAGUUUAUUGGAAGUAAGACCUUGGGUGGACAGGGUAUUGCGCAGAUGAUUGUGUAG